CGGAGCAGGAACCAUGUCUUCAGAACCUCAGGAAGGUUCUGUCAGAGAACAACUUUCUGCUGCUGAAGGAACCAUCGUCCAGAACGAGGAGGAACUCUGUCGUCAGCGCAGACUGCUGGAUAGCAGCUGGAACCCGCAGCUUCAGCUACACGUAGUUGUACUCCCCCAGCAUUGGGUGACUCAAGAGGAAGGUCUCUGCAACCAGCAGAGGAACUUCAGAGUGGAACAGAAGGAACCACAACUUCUGCAGAUUGAAAAGGAGGAACCAGAACCUCCACAAAUAAAAGAGGAACUGCAGGAACCAGAACCUCCGCAUUAUAAAGAGGAACUACAGGAACCAGAACCUCCACAGAUUAAAAAGGAACUACAGGAACCAGAACCUCCACAGAUUAAAGAGGAACCAGAGGAGCGCUUCAUCAGUCAGGAUGAAGAUCAGCUUGAUCUGAAGCAGGAGACUGAUACCUUGAUGGAGAUUCCUACUUAUGAGGAAGAUGAGAACAAUGAAGCAGAUCUAAACAAUCAGCAGAACUUUAAUGUAACUGAUAGUCAGGGUGAAGAAGGAAACCAACAUGAAGAAUCAACAUCAACUACAGAUGAAGAGACAGACCCACAGAACAGAGAUCAGAGGAAGAGAAGAGACAGAAGUCAUGUCCAAAGUGUGGACAGCUCUCACAAAAAGUCAAGAAGUCACUUUCCAAAGGGAGGGAAACUUAACUAUAUAAAAUCUGGUGAAAGAAAAAGAAUUGCACACAAUGUGUCUUCCCACAUGAGAACUGAGUCUGAUGGAAGACCUUAUGUCUGUAAAGGAUUUAGUAACGGUUUUAGUUACUGGUCUCAGUUCAGAAAUCACAAAAGAACUCGCACAAGAGAAAAAAAAUUAUUUUGUAAAGAAUUUGAUAAAAGUUUUAUUGAUGUGUCUAAUCCUAAAAUGCACAGAACGGAUACAGGGACGAAGCCUUUUACUUGUAAAGAAUGUGAUAAAUGUCUUAGUCAGGCAUCUAGUCUCAAAACACACAUGAGAAUUCACACAGGAGAAAAGCCUUUUUCUUGUAAAGAAUGUGAUAAAAGUUUUAGUGACAUAUCUAGUUUCAAAAGACACGUGAGAACUCACACAGGAGAAAAGCCUUUUAGUUGCAAGGAAUGUGAUAAAAGUUUUAGUGACACAUCUAGUUUCAAAAGACACGCAAGAACUCAUACAGGAGAGAAGCCUUUUUGUUGUAAAGAGUGCAAUCAAAGUUUUAGUCAGACGUCUCAUCUUAGAUCGCACAUGAUAACUCAUACUGGAGAGAAGCCUUUUACUUGCAAAGAAUGUGACAAAAAUUUUAAUCAAAUUUCUAAUCUUAAAAGACACCUGAGAACUCAUUCAGGAGAGAAGCCUUUUUGUUAAGAUCGUGAAACAAGCUUUUGCAUGUUUCUGGCCGCAAAAUGCGUAUAAGAAUUCACAUGGGAGACGCCUAUUUCUUGACCAAAAUAUCAAAGAAUUUAGCAAAAACGUAAUGCAUUAAAUUAAAAGGAGCCUUAAAUGAAUGUUGAAUGCAUGGAAAUGCAGUUUUCUGAAGUCUGACGUGCUGAAAAAAAGCCUAUUUUGAUUGUUUAGUAUAAUAUUUACAUUAUGUUAAAUAAUAUUUAGGUUUUCAUCUUCUAUAAGCAGGGCUGAGCGAUAUGCAAUUUUUCUAUAUCAUGAAAUAGAUUUUUUAACAUUAGGCGAUAAUCAUAUAUAUAUAUAUAUCACAAUAUAAUCCAAAUAACUUUAUUUGUCGCAUUUGAACACUCUAUGGCUAAUAAGUCAAAUGUGUAAUCUUCAGCAGGUUGUUUAGAUUUAAAAUGUAUUUUCUAUUAUACUUUAAACAUAACAGAUGCACUGAAGGACCAUGAUGCAACAGUUGUAGUUUUUUUCCAGAUAAGAAAAAGGCAUUUAUAUUACCAACUAAUCCGAAAAUUAAAGCAAGUUAAAGCUGUGCAGGUCUGACCUUUUUUUUGUUUUGUUUGUUAUUUCAGUCUGAGAUUGAACAUGCUUGCUGGCUCUGCUUCAGGUGAUAAAAAGGUUGGUUUUAUUUCCAGUCUUAGCAAUUUGGAUUUGGACACAGACACUUCUGCAAACUAAAGCAAAUAUGAGAUAACUUAUAUACAUUAUUCCAACAAACGAUCACUCACCAACCCUCUAACUGGUACUUGCCAAAGAGUAUUAAAUAGUCGCGACUGGCCAGUGUUAAUUUCAGGCCCUUCAAAAUUAAAGCGUACCGCGAUAAACUAAUUUUUCUAUCAAGAAAAAGUUAUAUCUCAAUAAAUGUAAUUACAGUUUUAUCUAUCAGCCCUAUCUGAGUCAUAAUCAUCAAAAAUUAAUGAUAUAUGGGAUUGAUACAUUUCAAUCUGUGUAAUGAAUCUAUGCAAUAUGAGUUUUACUCUUUGUUGAUUGACAAUAAAUAUUGAACUUUUCCAUGAAAUUCUUUCUUUAAGGUUUAUCUGUUAAUAGAAAUGGGCUGUUUUAAAUUUUAACAGUAAAAUUCUCAGCUCUUGAAUGGCUUUUACCAGUUUUGAAGAUACCAUCACUUUUUGUACUGACAUUGUCUAUGAAAUGAUUUUCAAAGAAACAUUUAUCAACAAUUCAGAAGCAAUAUUCAGUUUCUGUUGGUUGAUUUUAUUUGUUGAUUUUCGUAUUAUUAUUUUUUUGGUUUAAAGUUGUUAAGUUGACCAUCGUGGUUGCAGUUUAUGCUUAGACAAUGUGAAUGUUGUUUAAGUCAGUGUUUCCCAACCCUUGCUCCUCGGGGACCACUGUCCUCCGUGUUUUCCAUUUUGUCAUCAAAGGUAGGUGUGUUUGAGCAGGGUUGGAUUGAAAACAUACAUGACAGUGUUCCCUGAUGUCCAGGGUUUGGAAACAUUGGUCUAAGUCUUAUUUUGCAUACAUUUUUAAUUCUAACAAGUUUUAUGUGACUAGCAAAUAUUUCAUUAUUGUUUUAUAUCUUGUAUUUUGCUGGGUCAUGUGAAUAGGUAGCAGUUUUGUAAAGAAAAGAUUUUCCUAAAAAUGUAUUAAGGACGAAGUGGAUAAAGAACUAGAUUGGUGUUUCUGUCUUGUGCUCUUGUGAGUCAUGUUUCCUAGUAAAGAUUAGAACUGUUCCUCUGUUCUUUUCGGUUCUCAGUGUUCUGUCCCAAUCUGAUCUGUAAAGAAUAAAGUGGACAUGAAAAUCAGUC